UCCAUAAAAAGGCUGUCCUUUGCGACGACAGCAGCUCGGCGGGCGGGGUCCCAUCCGAGCACGACGAGCCUGCCUGCGGCGAAAGCCACAGCGGGAGGUCGUUAAUGCCAGCACGUCGGACGCGGCGAAGGGCACCACCUGUGAUCGUCGCUGGCUCACUUGCUGCUUGGAAAUCGCAUACGGACGCCGCUGGAUUUGUUCUCACACCGUUUCGCUAGCGUUGGCUCACCGAAGGAACGCACUCACCGUUCACAUCGUGCGCCUAUGACAGUGGAGUGUUAUCGCAUGAUCACUGCGGAAAGGUGAGGCCUCGUUGCGUAAGCUCCAGCAGUGUUUCUCAAGCUCAUCGAAGAGGACAUCAGUCGUGUGCUGCCUUUCGCGCAAUCUUCCCGGUGCUUGUGUGUUGCUAAGGGAAACGCGUGCCCACUUGCUACGCUAUCUCUUUGUCUUUCGGCGUUGAUUCAUAUAUUGCGCGAGCGAUGUGACUCGCGCAGCUGUUGUACCGAAGCACAGCUGCGUUCCCCACGUGACAUGCGUGGGAGAUAACUAAUGUGCAAAGAAAAAUACCCUGUGUGGAUCCGUGCAACGCUGCAAUAAUCGACUGACCGCUGGCACUUUUCCCAAGGUGAGAGAGUGCAUGGUGAGAGCGAGAGCGACGGAGGCGCGCGCCGCAUCGCAUGGGUAUGUAACGCGGCUACAUGACACGCGUCUUGGCUUUGUUCCUUCCGAAAGGAAACUGUAGAGUCAUUUCUUAUACUGACAGACGCUUGGGAAGCGAAGCCAUCAUGUCGACUUCGAUUUCCUCCGCUCCGAAGCAGCCGCUCGGCCCGCCCGAGAACCUGCGCUACGUGUUCGUGAUCAGCCGACACGGCCAGCGAACUCCCAUCAUGCGCUGCCAGAACCUGCCAAAGAACGAACCUGUCGACUACGGCCAACUCACCGCGGCGGGUCGAGAACAGACCUUCAAGCUGGGCCAGUUCCUGCGGCACCGCUACGAGGCGUUCCUGCGGGACUGUGACUCGCCCGGUCAAGUACUGGCCACCCACGUCUCUCUCGACCGAUGCCGGGACAGCAUUCGAGAGACGGUGCGCGGUCUGGGAGUUCCCGGGGUCCCGAUCAGCACCGACCCGGCGCGGUACGAUGUGCCCUUUCAAGCCAGCGUCAACGCCAACAUGGGCAAGGCGCUCAAGGAACCCGGUCGAGGCAAGUUCGAGACGCUGGGAGACCUGGUCUACUUCGUCGCCGAGAAGACGGGAGCGCCGUGGCGGAACAACGCCGACAAGUUCCUCGUUAUGGACAGCUUGGUGACUUACGUGCUCAACGGUAACCCCGUUCCGGACUGGGCCAUGCCCAUGUGGGAGGACUUGCUGUGGGCCGACCGGACGGUGUUCGCGCAGUUACUCGUGGGUUACGAGAGACCGUUCGCGGCCUCCGUUCUGGGACGCGUGCUGGACACCCUCGCGGAAAAGUUCGAGAAACGCGUCGAAAGUCCCGACAGGAUGCACAUCUUCUCCAUGUCCGACACGAGCCUGUUUUCGGUGCUCAAGCUCCUGAACGAGUCGCACGAUGUCCGACCGUGCUUCUGUGCUAGCAUCAUGAUUGAGGUGUACAAUGAUGGUACGGAGGUACGCGUCCGAGUGUUGUACCGCACCCAGGAUGAACCUUGUCUAGUCCCCAUGAACAAGUUAGGUAACCCGUGUGAACUGAGCAAAUUUCUAAAAUUCUUGCGCGUCAUUAUAAGCACGUCUUAACUGCCACUUCAGAAAGGACUGGCAUAUAACCAGUCUGUGCGUCAGUGUUUAGACAGCGCUGCUGCAGCUGCACUGUGCAUGGUGUUC